AUGACUGUCUGCAUGGAGGCUCAGGGAGAGACUGCGGAUUUGGUUCGGGCAGUAACCGUGUCAGGAGUCCAUGUGAGGCGGCGGUCAGGUGUCGUGCUGUUAGCUGGCGCUGGGCACGGUGCCAGGGGAGCGAGGCUAUUAUUGGAGCGGAGGAGGCAGCAGACCCCGCAGACACGAGUCAUCCUGUAUGCCGGCUCCUCUGGCAGCAACAGCCCGAGCCCUGGCAGCCCCUCCAGUGGGUACCAGACCCAGUCACCUUCUUCGCACUCCCAGCCCUCAUCUCCAGAGGAGGUUACCUUCACAGAGAUCGGGGUGUUGAAACAUGAGUGCACUACACCAUCCUCAAAACAGAUAUUCCAGUUCCCAGAGGUCUACAGUGCCCCCCCAGCAGCAGCCACUCCCCAGCACACCUAUGCACAUCCCAUCGUGGGAAAGAGGCCAUGCGGAUUCACAGGAACUUUCACAAAGACAGGUGGAAUGGUCCUGCUUUGCAAAGUCUGUGGGGACAUCGCAUCUGGUUUUCACUAUGGAGUGCAUGCAUGUGAGGGCUGCAAGGGUUUUUUCCGCCGCAGCAUCCAGCAGAACAUCAACUACAAGAUGUGUGUGAAGAACGAGAACUGUCUGAUCAUGCGCAUGAACCGCAACCGUUGCCAGCACUGCCGCUUCAAGAAAUGCCUCUCUGUUGGCAUGUCAAGAGAUGCUGUGCGCUUUGGCCGCAUCCCAAAGAGAGAGAAGCAGCGACUUCUGGAUGAGAUGCAGAGCUACAUGAACAGCCUAAAUGAGUCGGCUGCCAUGGACAUGGACUCGUCCUCAGCGAGGGAAACUCCCAGCAGCCCGGAUGACUGCAACUCAAAAGAGGCCAUUGGGGCCAUCUCCAGAGCCUACCGUGACAUCUUCACCAGCAGCAACAGCAACAGCCAAGAGAGAGCAGCCAAGAGGGCGAACAUCCCCACCAACAACACAUUUUCUCAGGAUGCCACUUUCACCCAAGUCUCCUCCCACCCUACCUCCACCCAGAGUUAUCAGUCUUGCCCUGUUGCGUCUGCCCCUCGAUGCCCAGUUACCCACAAUGACAACCACUCUACAUUCCACAAUGUGGAGAACAAUCGCUACACCUACUUAGUUUCAACAAAUCAGAAUCAGGAACAGACCAACAGUUCAACAUCUCAAAGGAGCAGCUCUGCCAAUCAGAACAACUUCCGCAAUGCAGGAAGUACCCAAAACCAGCCUUCCUGCCCAUGGAAAGCAGCUUCAGGAGCUAAAGUGCUGGCGUGUCCUCUCAACGCGUGGCCUGUAUCAGGGGCAGAUCGCACGAGUCAGGAGAUAUGGGAAUCCUUCUCACAGUGUUUCACUCCUGCAGUCAAGGAGGUGGUAGAGUUUGCCAAGGGCAUCCCAGGCUUUCAAGAGCUAAGCCAACAAGACCAGGUCAUGUUGCUCAAAUCAGGCACUUUUCAGGUUCUGAUGGUGAGGUUUUGCACCUUGUUCAAUGCUGAGGAGCGUACAGUGACCUUCCUGAACGGCCAAACUUAUCCCCUGUCCACCCUGCGGGCUUUGGGCAUGGGCUCUCUGCUGGAUGCAAUGUUCGAGUUCAGUGAGAAGUUGAGUUCCCUGGGGCUGGAGCCUGACGAGAUGGCCCUCUUCAUGGCUGUGGUGCUGGUCUCUGCAGAUCGUUCUGGCAUCUCUGACAUGCGCGCCGUGGAGCAGCUACAGGAGGGUCUGAUCCGUGCCCUACGGUCACUGAUCACUCGCCGCCGCCCGGAUGACUCCGCCCUCUUCCCCAAACUCCUCCUGCGCCUGCCGGACCUGCGCACCCUCAACAAUAUGCACUCUGACAAACUGUUGGCCUUUCGCAUCGACCCUUGAGCCAGCCGCUUGUUCACAUGGACACGAACUGUUUCACAGAAAAACAAUACAAUACACACACACAUACACAGAUAUUAUCUUCCAAGGACAGGACUUGUGCAAUCUGAUGAUGAGUUGUUUUUAAAAGGAUAAAUGAGGGCAGUAGCGAACAUAUUUUUGACUCACUAUUGAUCUUCAUGCUAUGUUUUGGGACAAAUGAACUCAUGUACACACACAAACCUCAGCACCUCUUGAGAGACAUUGUUCCAGUAAAAAUAAAAAACAAUAAUUAUCAUGUGUAGAUUUAGUAUUACCCUUUUGGACAAAUCAUUUGUGCACUUGCUCAUUAUAUCCAGUAAGAAUAAAAGCCAGUUCACUUCUGUUUAUUCCA